AUGAAGUUGGCGGGUGAUUUAUAUGAAGUGAGCACAAUGCUCAACGAGGAGAUCUCAAACGCUCCGUCGCAACCGAACGGAAGUCUCGCAGUCGAUGCCGUCAAUGCAAGCUGGAUCAACGAACCAAAUCCGGUCUUAAGAACUCGCAAACACGGCAAAAUAAACGUCGAUGCUGUCGACAGAGCAAUCUUGCAACUGAAGGCUCAACUUCGAGACCACAGAGACAAAUUUCAGAUCCUAGCUCAUGUUUGUCAGAGAUGGAAAGCAGAGCUAGAGGUGGAGUAUCCACUCAUGAAGCGAGAAUCUGUAUCGCGAAGCGGCCUUCACAACCUCGCGAUACCGUCUUAUGAGUCAUCUAGCACCAAAAGUCCUGUCACCAAAGAAAAGACUCCCGCAGCCCCCCAAAGUCCAGCAAUAACUCCCAGGAUCAGAUUCACGCACAGUCCUGACAGAAGAAACGAUGCCGACGACGAUGGAUUUUCUAUCUCCCCUUUCUGA